CUAAACGGCGGCAGCCGCCGCCAUAUUGAGUAGCUGUCAGCGGCGCUUUGCGCGUCUCUUGCCUCGACCCACCAGCGAACAGCCCAGGGCGGCCCCCAGCGCCUGCUGCCCGGCCGCGGAGGGGCCUGCGCGGGGGCCCGGCCACAGCCGACCACCGAGAGCGCAUCGGAGACCCGGCGGGGCCGAGUCCCCCAGCAGAGCCCCCCGCCGGGGAGCGGAGCCGCAGACGGGGACAAAAGAAUUUGCAGAAGAUUUUGACUGAACAAGAAAUUCAGAGAAGGAGAGAAAAAUGCCGAAGCCAAUCAACGUAAGAGUUACCACAAUGGAUGCAGAAUUGGAGUUUGCCAUCCAACCCAAUACAACUGGCAAACAGCUCUUUGACCAGGUGGUGAAAACAGUUGGUCUACGUGAAGUCUGGUUUUUUGGGCUGCAGUAUGUGGACAGCAAAGGCUAUUCAACUUGGUUGAAGCUGAAUAAAAAGGUAACACAGCAAGAUGUAAGGAAAGAAAAUCCUCUGCAGUUUAAGUUCAGGGCUAAGUUUUUUCCUGAGGAUGUAUCUGAGGAGUUAAUUCAGGAAAUAACUCAGAGACUGUUCUUCCUGCAAGUCAAAGAGGCCAUUUUAAAUGAUGAAAUCUAUUGUCCACCAGAAACUGCAGUUCUACUGGCUUCCUAUGCUGUCCAAGCCAAGUAUGGAGAUUACAAUAAGGAGAUUCAUAAACUAGGCUACUUGGCCAAUGACAGACUUCUCCCCCAGCGUGUUCUAGAACAGCACAAACUGACAAAAGAACAGUGGGAAGAAAGAAUACAGAACUGGCAUGAAGAACACAGAGGGAUGUUAAGGUCAGACAGGAAGGAUGGCCUAGUGGAUAGGGCACUAGACUUGGUUACACUAUUUUCUCUCGUCAGGGAAGAUUCUAUGAUGGAAUACCUCAAGAUUGCACAAGAUCUGGAAAUGUAUGGAGUCAACUACUUUGAAAUAAAGAAUAAAAAGGGUACUGAAUUGUGGCUAGGUGUUGAUGCUUUGGGUCUGAAUAUUUAUGAGCACGAUGACAAGUUGACACCCAAGAUUGGUUUCCCUUGGAGUGAAAUCAGAAACAUCUCAUUUAAUGACAAAAAGUUUGUCAUAAAGCCAAUUGACAAAAAGGCCCCUGAUUUUGUUUUUUAUGCACCUCGUCUGAGAAUUAAUAAGCGGAUUUUGGCACUGUGCAUGGGAAAUCAUGAACUGUACAUGAGGAGGAGAAAGCCUGAUACAAUUGAAGUGCAACAGAUGAAGGCCCAGGCUAGAGAGGAGAAACAUCAGAAACAGUUGGAAAGAGCACAAUUAGAAAAUGAGAAGAAAAAAAGGGAAAUAGCGGAAAAGGAAAAGGAAAGAAUAGAGCGUGAAAAAGAAGAACUAAUGGAGCGCUUAAGACAAAUUGAAGAACAGACAAUGAAGGCCCAAAAAGAGCUGGAAGAACAGACAAGAAAAGCUCUAGAACUGGAUCAAGAACGAAAGAGAGCAAAAGAGGAAGCAGAGCGCCUGGAAAAAGACCGUCGAGCUGCAGAAGAGGCUAAAGCUGCUCUAGCCAAACAGGCUGCUGAUCAGAUGAAGAAUCAGGAGCAGCUAGCAGCAGAACUUGCUGAAUUCACUGCCAAGAUUGCACUUCUAGAGGAGGCCAAGAAGAAGAAGGAAGAGGAAGCCUCAGAAUGGCAGCACAAAGCUUUUGCAGCCCAAGAGGAUUUGGAAAAGACCAAAGAAGAACUGAAGACUGUAAUGUCUGCUCCUCCACCACCACCACCACCUCCUCCUCCUCCACCACCAGUUAUUCCUCCAACAGAGAAUGAGCAUGAUGAACAUGAUGAGAACAAUGCUGAAGCUAGUGCAGAACUGUCUUCUGAUGGUGUCAUGAACCACAGAAGUGAGGAAGAACGGGUAACAGAGACACAGAAAAAUGAACGUGUUAAGAAACAGCUCCAGACACUAAGUUCUGAGUUGGCCCAAGCCAGAGAUGAAACCAAGAAAACACAAAAUGAUGUCCUCCAUGCUGAGAAUGUUAAAGCAGGUCGUGACAAGUACAAGACUCUUCGACAAAUCAGACAAGGCAAUACAAAGCAACGUAUUGAUGAGUUUGAAGCAAUGUGAGAGCUGUUACUUUGCAUACAUGUUCUUCGUAAAGCUGAACCACCAACAGAGAAACAAGCAGGCCUUUGCAGAUUUGAAGAUUGCACCCCACUUUGCCAAAGCACUUAUACCAGUUUGACUAUGGUGGUAAAAAGACAAAUUUAGGGUGCAACCCAUUCAACAAUAAGGCAGUCUGUCAUCUUUGGCUUUUUGGGGAGGGAGAUUGGAAUGGGGGCAUAUGGUUUCCAUUGUCUUAGAUUUUAUUUUUCAUUUUCAUAGUUUGUGUCGCUUGUUCUCUUGAAGACUGGCGCUUACUAUAUCAUGGCUGUCAAGUAUAUGUUACCAAAACACUAAGUCAGAAAGGAUAUUAGAUCUGAACCUAAAACUGAUGGAUACUAUUUCAGUGUGAUGCAGUUUGAAAUUACAUUUUCCCAUGUUGCCACAUUUCCUUAGGAGUUUGAUAUUGCUGACUUUAUCAUUUUUUCACCAAGCUGAAUUCUUUGGGUGUUUCAUGUCCUGUCAUCAUUGAUGGUUUUCUUUGCCUACCUGUUCACAAAGGUCUAGAUGGCAGGUAGUAGGUUCCAGCAGAGAUUUUAAAAUGGAACACUACCUGUGGGCAGCAGUUGUCUGCGAUUGGCCUAAAUAAGUAUUGCUUUUUCACUUUAGAUGUGUAGAAAAGUUCUAAUAAAGCAAAGAAAAGAAAAACAAAAUACAAGAAGCUUGUAUCCUGUUUUUUUAAUCAUUAUUUUAAUUACAAUAAGAAAAACCUGGACCUUUCUGGCAAGGGAGCAUAUGAAAACAUCAGUCCCAGGGAGGGGACAGUAUCCUACCUCACUACUGUAUACAUGAUGACAGGUCCUUCAAACACCAUGUAAACUUGAGUGUGUAAAUUGACUUUCAUCUUAUGAUAAUACUAUAGAAAGAUAGGAAUCUUUACUCUUAAGAUUUUGUUUUACUUCAAGAUGGCUUUAUAGUGCUAAAUACUGCUUAACUGCCUUUUUGUUGAGUUAAAUUAUAAAAUGAUGUACAUUAAAACUGUAACCUGUCACUGGUAUACUAUCUUACAGGAGGGGUGUGGAAUGUGUUUGACUUAAUGUGUUUAUGGGUUUCUCUGUACCAAAUGAAAAUUCCCAUAAUUGGAAAAAAAGAGGCUUGUAGCUUCAUUUCUCAGUGAUGCCAGUGUGUAAUUGUUAUUGUAUCUGAUGUCUGAUCAUUGUCACUCAGUUGUCUCAAACUCUGGAAAAGGAGAUUUAAACAAGAUUUUUUUUUUAAUUUUAGAGGGUUAAAUAGUUCAUAGAAAGUGAGUCUUUCUUUUAAGAAAUUAUUUUACAACUAACGUGGACUGCAGUUAUUCUUCACUUUAUAGUACCCUGGUUAGUGUCUAGUUGGAAAAAGCCCUGCUUUCUCUGAGGAUGGUUCAGCAAUCUUCCAUUUGGUAUUAUGCACUCAUAAAUUUACACUUAUCUAUUAAAAUAUGCCAUUUUAUUAAACAUUUUUUCAGGCACAAUAGGUUCAAGUUAUUUAUGAACAGUUCAACUGAGCUUUUUUUGAUUUUGCUGAGUUAAAGACACUAUGUGGAAUGAUAUCAUGAAAAAGGUAUAAAGUUGAUUUAAUAUAUUUUGGGUUGUGGAGCUAAAAAUAGCUGGCUAACCUUGAGAAGACUGGUUUGCAAAUGUUGUGCACAUGCUUCAAAACACAGGUUGGUGGAAGUUUGUUUCUACUUGCAGUGCAUUGAAAGAACAGUUUGUGUAUCUCAGGCUUCCUGCAUUGAAGCAUGAGCAUUUGAAUUUCCAAAGCGUUAGAACCAUCUGCCAUAGCAGGUGAAAUACUGUGCUUUCAAUGGGUUUUUAUGGUUUUUCCUGAAAUGUGUGCACUAACAUUACUACAUCAGUUUAUCAGUGUUGAUAAAUACCAGUUAAAUUUGCUGUUCAUAAAUCUACGAUAUAUAGAUUAGAAUUAAAAUGGAUCUAAUCCAUUUAUAAAGCUGUGUGAAUUUUUCUAAAUAACCAGGAACAACGAUUUGAAAUGUGGAUUUUCACAAUGAACCAGAGUGGUUAUUACCAAUAGUUGGGAACACUUAUUGAUGCAGAGAUAUUAUGAAUGCAUUUAAUGAGUACUUGGUGAAGCAAAUUUCAACAUGCUUUCCCCUUAGCAUCAUGUUUUGUGUUGUACAAUUAAGCUACAAUUACAUCUAAUAUUUUGGAUAACAUUAAUUGGUUAACAAUAAAGAGAUACAGUUAAUUUC